AUGAUGUCUGACGCCAGCGACAUGUUGGCAGCUGCGCUGGAGCAGAUGGACGGCAUAAUAGCAGGUAAAGUUCACCUCCUUUCAUAACUUAAAGUAGUUCAGCAGAAAUCUCAUAUUUUACCUUUUCCCAGUGUUUUUUUAACAGAAAGAAACAAAAGUUUCCCCCAGCCCUGCCAUCUGAAACUAAUAUCCACAUUUUCACAAAACUCCUUAAUUUUUUGGGGUGUGCUUCACAUGUGCACACAUACAGUCAAAGUAACCACCCUGACUUUGUGUGGUGUUCUCUGCUAACACAAAGAGUAUCUCCAAAAGAGGUGGAGGGAGAGCACAGACAGGAACUUUAGUAGCAAGCAGAGAGUUAGAUAAUAUUUAUGAUGAUGUGUACAAGACAGGUGCAAACUUAACAGAGCUACACAAAACACAGUGAAGGAAAAGAUCUCAGGCUGAAGUCAGUGAAUCAUUUUCUAGACGUGAUAGAAAUGCCAAACCUGUCAUCACAGCGAGGAUCUCUGUUGCUUUGUAAACCAUCAUGUUGUUAACGUCACGCUGUGAUUUUCACGCCGUCACCCUCAGCUCUGUGCUCAACCCUUCCCCCAGGAUGACUUCACAUCGUGAGGGAUAUGAGCGACCGAGUGACUGUUGAAAACUUUGGGGGCAAAGCUCCUGAAAAUUUCUAGGAGUGUAUGUUUGAAAGAGGCUCCAGACAGCUUUAUGCCUUGACCUUCUUGACCUUAGAGAGGGUUUAGUGUUUUUGCUUGUUUAGGCUUUGAAGCUAGUAACACAUUCACUAGUGUUGUGUGUUUUUAAAUUUGAGUAAAUACCAUUUUCGUAUUUAACUGAAUGGACACACUUAAGGAGACUCUUUUGUCACACCAGUGCCAUGAGUGGUUUUCUCCAAAGAACUUCGUUGUUUUUGCAAAUAUCUAACCCAUAUCUAUCCGUGUUUCUUUCUCUCAGGCUCCAAGACCCUGGACUACUCCAACGGGCUGUUUGACUGCCAGUCGCCCACCUCUCCUUUCAUGGGCAGCUUACGGGCUCUUCACCUCUUAGAGGACCUGAGGAGCGUCUUGGAGUUGAUGGAUACGGAGGAGAGGGAGAGUCUUCGCUGCCAGAUUCCUGACUCCACAGCUGACAGUUUAAUGGAGUGGCUUCAUGGUCACCUGGUAAGAGGCUCACAUGAUACGACAGACACAUGUAUCCUCACGAUUAUCUGUGAAUGUUUAUGUCAUCUGUCACAAAUAUGUUACGUCCACCUUUAUGUUGAAGCAGUUGGAUAAAAUGAAGUCAGAUGCAUCUUUCCUGUAUUCAUCUGAAUAGCGUAGCCUCAGGUCUGAUCAGUUAGACUGCCAAUGCUGCACAACUGGUUUAUCCAGACAUACAAGAUAAUUAAUAAAGAACUCAUGUUGCUUUUUUCUGCAUGAAGGCGAUGUCACAUCUGCUAUUUACACUGAGGCUCUUUAGAGAUUUUCUGUCCAUUUCCUCUUGAAUUAACACUGAAGGACCGAGCUCUUCUCACGUCUGAGUCAGUUCAUGUUGUGUUAUCUUGGAGAAGGUUUUUCCUGUAGUGUUGGGACAGAAUGUGCCGCGUACAAGCUUUAGCACAUCUGUUUUUCUUUUGAUGGUGCUCGCUCUGUGUGCUGCAUUAAACUCUAUGAAUGCAGACCAGCGUGGGCAAACAGCAGAGGACUGACUUAUUUGCUCAGCAAAACAAUGACUGUCCCGUUCUGCUGAGCUCCCUGGGAAUGCAAAAUGAAAUGCUGUUGUUGUCAGUGUCUCAGCCUGUCUGCUGAGAGAAACACAUGGAAUUCUUGGGAAGCAGAGUUAUGUUGGGGAGAGUGAUGGGCUCUAGGCCAGAGAAAUGCCAGAGUUUUUGUGUAAUGUUGUAACUCAGCAGUAUGAAAGUCAGCUUGCUCAACCAUGUAAGGUUUUAUUUGAGCAGGGCAGAAGACUGAAGCCAGUCACACUUAAUUGGGAAGCAAUAAAUCCUCAGUAUUAUCAUUUUACUGGAACACUCAAUGUCAUACAAAUCAGCUUGAUUACCACUUAACUGGGCCUGUUCUCAUAAAUUCAAGGAUCCUCUUCCUUUAAUAACUCACAUCGUCUUUCUCCACAGUCCAAUGGGCACAUCUCUCUAAGUGGGAGUGACCACUACCAGGAAAGGCUAUCCCGACUGGAGAGCGAUAAGGAGUCUCUGGUUCUUCAGGUACCCAUCCAGCAACACCAGGAUCAUUGAACUGAUCCCUCUAUUAGAAAUGAGUUGUGAAUAGAAACACAGUCUUUACUGGAAUGAUGGUUUUGGUUUUAUACAGGUGAGUGUGCUGACAGACCAGGUGGAGGCUCAGGGAGAAAAGAUUCGAGACUUGGACAUGUGUUUGGAGGACCACAGGGAGAAACUCAACGCAACUGAGGAGAUGCUGCAACAGGUUUUUGUUUGUUUAUUAUGGAUUGUAUAUUCACGUAAACAAUGUACCUAAAGCCAUAAUACCGCCUGGAUGGGUGCUUAGAUAAUAGCGCUGGUGGAGUCGAGGCACAUGAGGCCUACUGUUCCUGUUGGACAAGCAGUAGUGACCACAAACAACCACAUCAUUUCUUUCUAACAGUCUUUAUUCGUUUGUGUAGGAGAUUCUGUGCAGGACAGCCCUGGAGACCCAGAAACUGGAGCUGAUUUCUGAAGUGUCCAACCUGAAGAUGACCCUGAAUACCAUGGAGAAGGACGGAUUCAACUUUGACCGAUUCAGGGACAGUGAGGUAUGUGAGCUAGCUCUUAAGACAGGGAUCCUCUUUGUCCUUUCUCCCUCACCUCACCACCAACACACACACACACACACACACACACACACACACACACACACACACACACACACACUAAACAAACCCUCAUUCAUGUUGUCUGACACCUGUGUGUGGGAGAGGGCCUUUAAUUUUAUUGACAGUCUGAGAGCAGCUGUUUUUGCACCUCAGAAAAAUGUCAACAUUAGCUGAAGUAUCCACAGAAACACUGUCCUGCUGUGUUUGUGGUGAUAACACAUGAAAAACCUGACUGUGCUGAGUGGAUCAUCUUUUAUUUUUAAUUUGAUGUUAGGUUUCUCCCCUCUGCUCGGAGGCCUCACAGCCCUGAAGAUAUCAGUCAGUCGUUCGCUACAGCUGCGGAUAUGCGGAGAUUUCUGCUCUCAGAUGAACCGUGCAAAAUAUCUGGAAAGCUUUCAAACCCAUCAUGUUAUUGUUGGAGCUGCAUGGUCGUCUCUUCCACCUCAGUGCAACAAAAAGCUGCUCUCCAUGUUUCGCCUCAGAGCACAUAAAUCACUCCCCUUCAACUUGCAUCCUCCUCUUCUUUUAUCGCUGCUGCUUUUAAGUGUUUAAUCAGACAUUUUUUGGAGUUACUGUGCAGCUCGUGUUUAUGCUGCUCUUUUAACUGAAAUUAUAUAAAGCGAGAGCCUCCUGAAUGAAAUCCGACCUCGGCAGCCAUUAUAAAAAAGAGAUUAAGUGUUUAAGUAGCGCUUUUAGAGAAGAUGGUUUGUUUUCUGCUACCAUUCUGACAUGAACUCUGUUUUUUCAGGAUUUAAUACUUGAAAUAAACGAACUGCGGUACAGAAUGACAGAGCUGGAGAGUGAAAAGCUUCAGUAUGAAAAGAAAAUGAAAUCCACAAAGGUGAGUUUUCACAGGGAGGUUCUCUGUGUCUUUUAAAUAACUACAACCUUUAUAAUUAAUUUCUUUUAAGCUGUCUGCCUGAAUCAUCUCUUCCACUUUUGUUCUAAUUUCACCACCCAAACAUUGUAGUCGUUCAUGGCUCUCUCUGCUCCUUGAGUAGAUCGAAGUGUUUGUUAAUAAGUAGUUUAUGUUGGCUUAUUCAACUGUUAUCUCCUUUUCAACCAUAAGAAAGGAAAGCACCUUUUCUUUUGCUUCUCACUUUGCAUCAUCAGUGUCAAAACUUUUAUGUGCUUUGUAAUUUCAAAUUCUUGGUCGUAGUCUUGGGUCAUGAACUCUUGACCUCUUUGAUCUUUUACCCCCUGCGUCUCUAUUUCCUCUCUCUUCCUCGGUUUGUCUCCACCGCUAGUCUCUAAUGGCCAAGCUUUCUAGCCUGAAAAUCAAAAUGGGCCAGUUGCAGUUUGAGAAACAGAGGAAGGAGCACAAACUGGUGGCUAUGAAGGUCUGCUCUUCUCAGGAUGAUUGUUUUGCUUGCUGUAUGAUUAUGGUUUCUGACCUCACCCUUUGGCUCCUUUUCUCCUUUUAUUUAUUUUGGUGUGGAAAACCCUCAAAUCUGGUUUCUAGGAUUCUGUUGUUGUUUUGUAAAUUGACUUUUUGGCAGGGUUGUUUCUUCUUUGUUUUUUCAUUUUUACAAACAUUGAAAUGGUUUAAUAUCAUCUACUGUGUUGGAAAAUAAGAUGUAAAAAGUCAGCUGUAGUCAAAUAUACCAUUUCCUCAAGUGGAACCACAGGAAUGCUAUAAUUUGUUGUUUUUUUUUUCCCUUUGCCAAGACUUCUCCUCUUUUUCUUUGCUGUGUUUUCUUUUUGCACUGGUCCCGUUCUUGAAUAAUACCUCUAUAAUCUCUCUGUCCCUUUGCCUGACCCUUACUGCGCUUAUUCAAGCAUUUAAUUUGUUUGGUGUAAAGUCUUGUGUGUUUGUUAUUACCUCAGCUCUGAGCUCACCGUCCACCUCACACAUGUUCUGCCCUUAUUACCCUUCAGAGCAGGUGUACGCCACGUCAGCAGUCUGUGAACCCUUGUGUUGUGGUUUGUUUGAUGUUUGGAGUCAGGGUGCAGGAGGAGGUGUCUCUGUGGAGGAAUUGUCCUCACUGUCUUCCUCUGUCGGACAGGAGGAGCUCACCAUUCUGAGGAGGCAGCUGGAGGGCAAAGAUGGAGAGAUGAGGCGACUACAGGAUGAGUCAGGCUUCAAAGUCAGCGCCUCGGGCAGCGCAGAUCCUACAGAGAGAGGUGGGAGAGCCCAUCAAAGAUGAAGUCUCAUUGAGGAUGAAUAUGCUUGAUAAUAAAUUCACUAUGUGCACAAGUGUGGUGAGGAACUUCGAGUUAAGCCAAUGGUCUGCAAUCUGGAUUAUGAUAGCGUACGGUCCGUGUUCAGGUGAAAGGAGGCAAACUCUUUCGUACACUUGAAAAACUCUGUAACAUUUUAUUUGACGCCUAUCUCUAUGCAAAUAAAUAUAUUUAUAAUGCAUUAUAAUCCUGUUAUAGCACUGUAUAACUAUAGUUAUAAACACUCAUAAAUGAUCAUAAUGCUUUAUAGCAAUAAUCAUAACACAUUAUAAAGCAUUUUAUCAUGACUUACAAGGUCAAGUAUUAUAAUGUGUUAUAACUGUUAACAGUUGCAUUGCAUUAUCUAUGUGGGCAUUGUCAGUGAGUUGUUAACAGUUAUAACACAUUAUAAUAUGGUAACAUGUUUUAUAAUGUGUUAUGAUUAUUGCUAUAAAGCAUUAUGAUCAUUUAUGAGUGUUUAUAACUAUAGUUAUACAGCACUAUAAAGUGAUUAUAACGCAUCAUACAUAUAUUUAUAAUGGGUUAUAGAGAGAGGCGUCAAAUGAAGUGUUACCAAAAACUUACAUGAAAAUGGAAUCUUAGCAUUGUUUCCAUUGUGGACUUUGCAGUUACGGCUCCUGUCACUCAUUUUACACACACAAAUAUCCAGGAAACUUCUUGGCUUGUGUUCCCUCUUGCAGUGUGCAUCGUUGGCAUUUAUUUUCAAGUAUGAAAUGUUUUGCCGUUAUGUGAAGGUACACCGGAAAAUGGAUUGCCGACUCUUCCCACAUCACCAAACUUGUGCACACAGUGACUUCAGGUUCACCCGUGAUAAAGUGCUGAUAUCUGUGUAUUCUCAAAAAAGUACCUGGUUUAAUCCUUUAAAAUGUAUAAUCUGUAAACAACCACUUUUUCCCCAUAAUUCUUUGUCCUAUUUAGUCUCUCAUCCAGACGAAACUCUUAGAAAGAGGCUGAAAGAAAAACGUAAGCGGGGUGUCUAUGCUUGUGUUUUUUUAUACUGCACCUAAUUACUGCACCCAUCCCAACCCCUGUCUGCAUGUACGAGCAUGAGCCAUGUGAACUCUGCUUGUCCAUCAUAACCCAUUGGAGUCUUAAUACUUGACCCUGGAGCAUCACAUCAGCAGUCUCUUUAACCCCAGAACACUUGAGACUGAGCGAAAGCCAAGGUCAUCCCAAAGCUGUGUCACUGUGUCUCUCACGUCUCAGUGAGGAAUGUCUGCUCUGUGUUCUGGACAGGAAUGAGGAAUGAACUGUUGUUUGUAAUAACCAUUCAACCUGCUCGCUCAUCCUUCUGCCUCAUGUCAUCCAGAAAUAAUAAGUCCCUCUAUUCCUCUGACCCUCCCCGCUCACACCAACAUCCAGUGUGCGCUGUUCACUUGUCAUGUUCUAGUCGUGUUGUGUGACGACAUCUUUGUCGUCGGCUCUGUGUUUAUGUCUCUGCCUUUCUUUUGUCACAGAUUUUUUUUACUGAUGUAGAACACUUUCACACUUUCAGACUCCCUCUGUACGACCUGAGUUCUGACAACCACAGAGUUUUUACUGAAUGCCCUGUUUUUAAGCAGUUUGACCACUGAUUUUCUGUUAUUGUUCGGUUUAUAGAGAUAAUAAAACACCAGUACAAAAGGCCUCAGUAAGAUCCUGUGAAAGCUGCUGUUGAGUUUUGUGGUUGGCUGUGCUCUGAAAGGUGAAAGUAUUCUACUAAAAUGUUGUGUAACACCAGCUCACUCAAGGAAUUGGCAUUUAACUUUGAAGAGCUUAUUAUCCAGACAAACUGGACCUCUAUGCUUUUAUUUGUAAUAGUUUGUAGUAGUUUGUAAUAAUUUCCUCUUCUCUUCAGAUGUGGAAGUGCAGAGAAUGAAAAAGGCGGUAGAGUCCUUAAUGGCAGCCAAUGAGGAAAAGGUACAUGUUCGAUUGAUUUGUGUCAAAACUAAGUGAUCCCACCCUCCAUCGAGAAAAAUCUCUUACCGUGGUUUAUUUAUUUUCCCGGCAGGAUCGUAAGAUUGAGGAGCUGAAGCAAUCGCUGCUUCGGUACAAGAAGGUUCAAGACAUGGUGAUGUCAGUUCAAGGGAAGAAAGGUCAGUUAACCCCCAUCCAUACCUGUUUUUGUUGGCACUGAUCUUUUUGUAUUUUUUUAAACAAGUCUUUCAUUCUGUUCUUUUCUUGCACUGCUCUUUCUAUUUUGCACUAGUUCUUUUAUCAUAUCUCUGUGUUUUUUCUUGUACCUGGUAUGUGUGAAUGUGUAUGUUUUGUGUACUGCUGCUGUCAACAUUUUUAAUUUCCCCACUGAGGGCUGAAUAAAAGAAUAUCUAAUCUAGUCUCAGACUCACAUAGGAAAAAAAAGGAGCAAAAUCCGACAGUGAAUCUUUAAAACUGUACAUGUGAAAAUAUUUGUUCUUUUUGUGAGUUAUGUGUUGAUUUGUUUUUAGAGAGAACCAAAGACUGCGAUCACGUCGAGAGUUACAACGAUGGACCUGUCACAUUAAUGUCAACCAACUCUGUGUCCAUGGAGUUGGAAAAAUCGGCAGUGACAGAUCCUGAACCUCUGAAGAGGAAGAGUCCAGAUGAGGUUAGUGAAAUUAGGACCAUGUGUCAUGAUGGCUCGUAAAACCGCAUAGCUUGUGGAGGAACUUUAAGUAAAAGUAUAAACAGAUUAUGUACAGUAGAUUCUGCAUCUUUAAUGAUAUGCUUCUGAAAUGUCACCAUGUAAUUAAGUGUUAAAAACCUAAACAUCCAACUUUUACAGAAACACAUGAAGAUUUGGGCCACAUUUAUACAUACCCGGUUAUUUUAAGAAACGGAGACAUUAAGCAUCGUUUGCACCCUUCGUUUCGACGCAAACGGAGAAUUCGCCCCUGAAAACAAUGCUUUUUAAAAACUCAAGCAGAGUGGAGAUUUUGGAAAAUUCUGUUUGCACAUUUGCAUUUAAACCUGUACGGGGAGGGUGAAAUGUCCGUUUAUGAAAAUAGCCGGGCACGUGUAAACGCAGUCUUAGACUUUCACGGUCUCAUGUCCUCUGGAGAGGAGACAAGUGAGCAUUUGAAGACCAAUUGUUCUUUUAUUUUUAAGCAUGAUCCUUUCUCUCUCUGUGUUUAGUUGGAGCUCCUCAAUAGGAUGAAUGUGGAGCCCUCACCCUCACCCAGCCCAUCAGAUCCAGAGCGAGUAUCAGAACCUGCACCUGUGGAUUCAGAAAGGUUAAAAUGAAAAUACAAAUAUUGCAAAUACAGUUUGAUCUACAGCUGAGUUAAUGUCAUUAUUCUCUGAGGUUUUUUUUACAAUCAUAAAUAUAAAAUAUUUCCAAACAUAGUGGUUCAGCUAUGUGUUUCAUCAUGUGAGUCAAGUUCUCUACGCUAAGCGCUGUGUCAUGAGUGAAAAGUGCAUUGUCAUGGUUUGUCAUUCCAGCAGUCAUGACACCACAAAGAUUGACAGCCAAGACCAGGUGGAUAGGAACAGCACUGACAAGGUAAAUGUGACACAUAUUUCCUGUUGUGUGUAUUUUUUAGAUAAUUUUGGUUUCCAAUAAUAAUGAACAGCUGCAAGUUGAGCUCAUAAGACAUGCAGUUAUCUGCUUUAAUUCAUGUUUUACUACAUCUUUUGUUCUCAGUAUUGGCACAAUGCAAUAACAGUAAGUUUAAUCUAAUGUUUUCCCACGAUAGCCACAAAGUGAUGUAGUUAUGAGCUGUUUUCUUUUAUUUUUUUUCUCAGAGUACAGUUGAAGAAAUCAGUAAGAUCAGUGAAAAGCCUCCCAUGGGUCCCUCUGCGACCUUGCCUGCCAACUCACAGGAUGACAGCUUCGGCUCCAGAAAGGCUCGUUCCUCCUUUGGAAAGGGCUUUUUCAAAAUCCGCGGGGGAAAAAAGACAACCAGCACCCCAAACCUCGGUAAGAGCAAACCACGCAGUUCAGCAGCCGGAUGAGGAGCAGUCUGCGAGAUGCUGAAAACAGUAGAUGAUGCGAUACAUUCAGCGAGCCGUGAAAGUGUUUGCCUGUUUACUGGAGAGGGAGAUUUUCCUUGAGUUUCCUCCAGCCUUGGUUUCUCUUCCCAAUGCCACACCCGUGAAAUAUACAACAUGGACCAAGACCUUAAUUUACAGCCCACAUAAACGUCUGUCCCUGUUUAAUUAUGGAUUUCUGUUCUUUGCCCUUCAGUUUGUGUACGUGCUUUUUUUGUGUGUAUUGUUCACAUUUGUGUGUGUGUUUUUGUGUGUGUUUGUUCCGCCUCUCCAAUCCUGUUGGUAUUUUUUAAAUCUUAAUUCCUUUCCUUUGUUUUGUGUUUCAUUUUUUUUCUGUUGGACCCUGUCGUGUGUUGUGUGUGUUUUGUAACACAUGAAGAUCGCAGCAGGAGUGCGAGUGCGCCUAUGCUAGGUACAGUAUAGACUCACUGCAGGUCGCUGCAGGAGAACACAAAGGACGCUGCUCAGCGUAUCUGCCACUUUCCACCUUUGACUUUCUGAACUCAUCCAAUCAGCUUACACCUUUUUAUAACACCUUAUUUUGUAGCUGCAGUGCUUGAACAACCACACCCUCGUCACUACUCAGUGUUUCUCAAAUGCAACAUACAGUGCAGCCCGUCUGCUGUGUGUGUGUGUGUGUGUUAUUUUGUCUGCGUGCCUGCAUGUGUUUGUUUUCACUUCACUGAAUCUGCAUCAAGAUCUAGAUUAUCGGAUGACACCAUCAUCAUCUGGAUCUGGAGAGCGUUCUACUAAAAUAUAGAAACAUCUAAUUGAUUUUCUUUUUAUCUACUAAAGGAACUUUUUAUUCCAGCCUCAGACUUCAGCUGCGCCUGCUGCAUGCAUACUAGAGAGGGUGCUGCCUUCAGUGCACACCAUGACCUUUCAGUCUGUCUCCUGGUUACUACUCUGAUCCUGUGCAGAAGUUCUGUUUUCUCCAAUCAGUACAAAUGGGCGAUAAUGAUGCUUACGAUUUUCUGUGGGACUUUUUCAUUUCUGCAUAGCUGAAACAGAGCGACAGGGCACUGAUCAUCUGGAUCUUGCCGGGCUUCCUCAGAGGUCUACGAACAGCGACAGCACACACACACUCCCCACAACCCCAGAGAGCAGGAAAAAAUCCAAAGGAAUAAAAAAACUCUUUGGAAAGUGAGUGAUAUAACAACAGGAGAUUCUUGAGCCUCAAAUGAAAUCAGCUUUCCCAACCGUUUCAAAUAACUUGGCAGAAUAUUUAAAGGGUUCUAAGAUUUUCAUUAUUUUUGGAAAUAAAGUCGAACAUCAUAUCCUUUCAGGCUUAAAAGGAGUCAGUCGACAACAUUUAACCUGGACGACAACAUAACAGAGGGCGAGUUCAAGAGGGGUGGAGUACGAGCCACAGCUGGUCCCAGACUGGGUUGGUCCCGUGACCUCCAACGAAACAACAAGUAAGUUUGUGCAUUCAGCCUGAAUAAUGACAGGAUGUGGUUUGUGUUCAUGGUUUCUGUUCCUAAAGUCAGGUGUGCAGUGAAACUCAGGGAUCAUUCAGUGAUUUCUUUCUUUUUACAAACAGUCUAUGAGGGAAUGAUGAUGACAUAAAAGUUCGUUAUUUAACCCUUUAAUGCCUGAAACCAAAAAUUAUGGCCAGAAAAUUCAAAUUUCUAUGGAGCUGAAAUGUUUAUUUCAUUUACUACUGAAAACCAAAAAAAUCAAAAUGUCCUUAAAAUUUACCAAAUAUAUUAAUUUAUCUCGUUGGAAACUGAUAAACCAUAAGAGAACAUUUUUAUCAUUUAUUGGACUAUAUUCAGGUUUUUUUAGUAACUUGUUGAUCAUGUUGAUUUAAUAGAAGUAACAUAAAAGUGUAUCAAAUAUGAUACAAAAGGCAUUAAAGGGAUGUGACUUUUUUUUAUAUAUAUAUAUAUAUAUUCACAAUUUCACAUAGCAUGUAUUUCAAUGUGUUUUUUUGUUGUGCAUACCUUUCUGAAAGUUUGGCUUCUCUCCCUCUUCUCUUUCUUUGUAGUGAUGUUGAUGCUCCUUUUGCACGCUGGUCUAAGGAUCAAGUGUGUGACUGGCUGCAGGAGCAGGGUCUCGGCCUCUACGUGAACAUGGCUCGCGUAUGGAUCUCCUCUGGUCAGACGCUUCUGCAGGCCUCACAACAGGACCUAGAGAGGGUGAUAUGAAGUGGAAGAAUUUAACAAGUUUUUUCUGGAGCUGCCAGACGGACAAAAUGUUCUUGUUUUUUGAACUGCGGGGAUUUAUUUUGUGUGUUUGUAAGCCUUACAUGUCUCCUUGUUGAUGUCUAGGAGCUGGGAAUCAAACACCCGCUGCACAGAAAGAAGCUGCAGCUGGCUCUGCAGGCCCUCGGCUCAGAGGAGGAAGACAAUAAGGGAAAGCUGGACUAUAACUGGGUUACAAGUGAGUACCAGGACAUGAAGCUAAAGAUAAGUGCUGGGCUGUUUGAACAAAGUCUGAGGCUAACUACCAUAAACUUGGGUGUAUAAGACACACUUUAAUUAACUUUUACUUUGAACACUCAACUUUCAGCUCUGCUUUCUCCUCAAAACGCUUCGUUAUCUUUCAUUCCUCUCAGGAUGGCUGGAUGACAUCGGUCUGCCGCAGUAUAAGACCCAGUUUGAUGAGGGGAGGGUGGACGGUCGCAUGCUGCAUUACAUGACAGUGGUGAGUUUGGAUGUGACGCAUGCGCUUCCUCAUCAGACCCCGUGGAUGAGUGAAAGUGACAAAUUAGCCCUUAGAGUGAAUAAAUGUCUUGGGAGUGAGUUGUGAUAAUUGGCAAAAGUUUGACGUGUUUUGGGGGAACUUUUUACUUUAAAAAAUUCAUGAGGAAACAUCUUUGACCGUCACUUAAUUCAGCUUUACAUCAAACUGCAGCUUGACAUACAAGUAGGAAGCAGACAUUAUAAUUGCUUGUUGUUUCUGAUCAGUAAAUAGUGUUUGUCUCUGUCAGGAUGACCUGCUGUCUCUGAAAGUGGGGAGCGUCCUGCAUCACCUCAGUAUUAAGAGAGCCAUCCAGGUGCUCCGCCUCAACAACUACGAGCCAAACUGCUUACGUCGUAGGCCGUCUGAUGAGGUGUGUUCACGUCCACAGUCAGUUGUUAUGGCAGCCUGCUCCGUUAACAGACAUGCAAACAGAUCCUUUUUCUGAACAUCUCUCAAUGUGUCCACAGAACAAUAUUUCCCCAGCAGAGAUCUCCCAGUGGACUAAUCACAGGGUGAUGGAGUGGCUGCGUUCUGUGGAUCUCGCUGAAUACGCUCCCAACCUGAGAGGCAGCGGCGUGCACGGAGGCCUGAUGGUAUGUAGAGAAGUCUGGCUUUCAGUGUGUCUGGCAAACUCUCCAAAAAUUCCCUGCUGAGUUCAAAUGCAUUUUUUCUGCUCUCUUCAGGUUCUGGAGCCUCGGUUCAACGUGGAGACAAUGGCGCUGCUACUCAACAUCCCCCCAAACAAGACGCUGCUACGUCGCCACCUGGCUACACAUUUCAAUUUGCUUAUAGGUUCAGAGGCCCAGCAGCUCAAACAGGAGUGUCUUGAAAACCCAGAUUACACUCUGCUCACCGCCACCACAAAAGUCAAGGUAAACCCUGACCUUGACGUACUUGUGCAUUCAUGCUUUUGAAAUAAAAAAAUGUAAGUUUGUCUGUGUGUUCCUUCAUACCAGCCGAGGAAGCUGUCAUUCGGUAACUUCGGCAGCCUGAGGAAGAAGAAGCAGGAUGACAAUGAGGAGUACGUGUGUCCAAUGGAUGUGGAGAUGCCAAAGGGGCGAAGUUUUCAGAAAGGCUUCGAGCUCCAAAUCUAUGAAGAUGACCUCGACAGACUAGAGCAGGUAAGCUGGUUCUUUUAAAAAUGUGCUGAAUGAUGGUUAUAAACACAUGACACAAGAAAAACAGGGAUUGCUAAAAAUAGCGGUGAGAAAAAUCAUAUCAGCUGAUGAACUUGUGCCGACACGCAGAAGCAGCGAUAUGAGAGCAGUGAUGUGGUCAUCCUCUUCGAGUUACUGUGGACCUUUUACAGGACCAAAUGUGUGAUGGAUUUCUCUUUAGAGCUCAUGAAGCUGCAUUCACAUGAGGGCAGGAAGACCGCAAAAGCACACCAGAUAUAAGUAGAGCAGAAGAGAUAAACAACAGCAGAAACACAGUUGUCAGCAGCAGAAUUUAUAAAUAAACGUCACAAAGGUUCAUGAAAGGAAGAAGCACAGCCAUCUGGACUACAGGAAGAUCAUACAUUUUCUUUAAGAUUAUUAUGCUCAGUCCAGCUUGUCUAUUUUUAUUCCUGUGAGGUGAUAUCUGUCCGGAUGAAUUAGUGACGAAGCAGCGUGUUUACAACCUUUCACACUUAAUCCUCGUAACCAUCUUAUCAUCAGCUGUCUGUUAAUCCAGCUCUGGGUCAGCUCGCUUUCAGCGUGAUGAAUGAAGUCUGACUCCUGCCAUUUAUGAUGAAUUGAUAACAUGUUUAGAAAGAAACAGCCGGUUUGAGGGGUGUUUAUUGUAUCUAAUCUACUUUAUGUCUGCUUGACUGUGUGUGAUAAGAAGGUAAUAUCUAAAGUUUACUUUUUGGUUUCAUUUAUUGAGAAUUAAAUGCAGUUAAAUGGUUUGUCGCUUGUGCAUACUGCACCAGCUGCUUAGAAGGCGACUGUUUUCAUUGGGAGCAGUUGUGUGUUGAUAGAAGUUGUGACUGUGUACUGAAUUUCAGUGCUGCCUUGUAUCACAGAUGGACGACUCUGAGGGAACUGUGCGACAGAUCGGAGCAUUCUCUGAAGGGAUUCAAAACCUGACGGUGAGAACCUGAAGGCUGAUUAACCUUUAACAUCCUGCUCAUGGGUUAAGUGGUGUCACGACUUUAACGUCUCCUGUGUUUCUUUACAGAGUAUGCUGAAAGAUGAUGAACUCUUCAAAGAGGUCUCAAAUUCACCAAACCCCAGUGUAACAGAUGAAGAGUCCACUGCAUGA